GGCGGCGGAGGGCGGAGGGCGGUGGCGGCGCUGCCGCUGGAGACCGGCUCGGUGGCUUUGGCAAACAGUUUGGCGCCGGCGGCCGCCCGCCUCGCUUCCCAGUCCGCCGGCGGCCCGGCUUGCAGCCCCCUCGUCGCCGGCGUCCGGCAAUGUGUCCCGCCGCCCGAGCGUAGCAGCCGCCGCGCGUGCGCGGAACCGCUGGGCCAUGAGCGCAGCCGGCGGCGGCCGGGACUGGGGGUCCCCGGUGCCCCAGCGAGCGCCCUGGAGCCUGGUGGCAGCCACGGCCGCGCUCUGCCUGCUGUCCGCCACGUCGGUGAGGACGGCGGCGGCCGCGCCCAUGAGUCGGGAGGAGAAGCAGAAGCUGGGGAAUCAAGUCCUGGAAAUGUUUGAUCAUGCUUAUGGUAACUAUAUGGAACAUGCUUACCCAGCUGAUGAACUCAUGCCUUUAACCUGUAGAGGCCGAGUUAGGGGCCAGGAGCCAAGUCGGGGUGACGUUGAUGAUGCCUUGGGAAAAUUCUCCCUAACACUGAUUGAUUCUUUGGACACUCUUGUGGUAUUAAAUAAAACUAAAGAAUUUGAAGAUGCGGUGAGAAAAGUUUUAAGAGAUGUUAAUUUAGAUAAUGAUGUAGUUGUGUCAGUCUUUGAAACAAACAUCAGAGUUCUUGGGGGUCUUUUGGGUGGACACUCACUGGCAAUCAUGCUGAAAGAAAAAGGUGAAUACAUGCAGUGGUACAAUGAUGAACUUCUCCAAAUGGCAAAGCAAUUGGGUUACAAACUUUUACCAGCUUUCAAUACUACCAGUGGCCUUCCUUAUCCCCGAAUUAAUUUGAAGUUUGGCAUCAGAAAACCAGAAGCUCGGACAGGAACAGAGACAGAUACCUGUACAGCUUGUGCAGGUACCUUGAUCCUUGAAUUUGCUGCUUUAAGUCGAUUCACAGGAGCAACAAUAUUUGAGGAAUAUGCACGGAAAGCUCUUGAUUUUCUCUGGGAGAAAAGACAGCGAAGUAGUAAUUUAGUAGGUGUGACCAUCAACAUUCAUACUGGAGAUUGGGUACGAAAAGACAGUGGAGUUGGAGCAGGGAUUGAUUCAUAUUAUGAGUAUCUGUUGAAAGCCUAUGUCUUGCUUGGAGAUGACAGUUUUCUGGAAAGAUUUAAUACACACUACAAUGCCAUCAUGCGGUAUAUCAGCCAGCCACCUCUUCUGCUGGAUGUGCACAUCCAUAAACCAAUGCUGAAUGCUCGAACUUGGAUGGAUGCCCUACUUGCCUUUUUUCCAGGCUUACAGGUUUUAAAGGGGGAUAUUAGACCUGCUAUUGAAACUCAUGAAAUGUUAUAUCAGGUGAUUAAAAAACACAAUUUCCUGCCAGAGGCAUUUACUACAGAUUUUAGAGUACAUUGGGCUCAACAUCCUUUAAGACCAGAAUUUGCAGAAAGCACCUACUUCUUAUAUAAAGCUACAGGAGAUCCUUACUACCUUGAAGUAGGGAAAACACUUAUUGAAAAUUUAAAUAAGUAUGCUAGAGUGCCUUGCGGAUUUGCUGCCAUGAAGGAUGUUCGUACUGGAAGUCAUGAGGACAGAAUGGAUUCUUUCUUCUUGGCUGAAAUGUUUAAAUAUCUUUACCUGUUAUUUGCUGAUAAAGAAGACAUUAUUUUUGACAUAGAAGAUUACAUUUUUACAACAGAAGCUCAUCUGUUACCUCUUUGGCUCUCUACUACUAAUCAAAGCAUCUCUAAGAAGAACACAACCUCAGAAUAUACGGAACUGGAUGACAGUAAUUUUGAUUGGACUUGUCCAAAUACUCAGAUUCUUUUCCCUCAUGAUCCAUUGUAUGCUCAACGCAUUCGUGAGCCCUUGAAAAAUGUGGUGGAUAAGAGCUGUCCUAGAGGCAUCAUCAGAGUCAGAGAGGAGAGUUUCAGGAGUGGAGCUAAACCCCCUCUGAGAGCCAGAGAUUUCAUGGCCACUAACCCUGAGCAUUUAGAAAUCCUGAAGAAGAUGGGGGUGAGUUUGAUUCAUCUGAAAGAUGGGAGAGUCCAGUUGGUCCAGCAUGCAAUCCAAGCUGCUAGUUCAAUUGAUGCUGAAGAUGGAUUGAGGUUCAUGCAAGAGAUGAUUGAGUUAUCAAGUCAGCAGCAGAAGGAACAGCAGCUGCCUCCGAGAGCUGUGCAAAUUGUCUCCCACCCAUUUUUUGGCAGGGUAGUAUUGACUGCUGGACCAGCUCAGUUUGGGCCAGAUCUGUCUAAACAUAAAGAGACAAGAGGAUUUGUUGCCAGCAGUAAACCAUAUAAUGGUUGUUCAGAGCUUACUAACCCUGAGGCAGUGAUGGGGAAAAUUGCAUUGGUUCAAAGGGGACAGUGCAUGUUUGCAGAAAAGGCACGCAACAUCCAGAAUGCCGGAGCCAUUGGUGGUAUUGUUAUUGAUGACAAUGAGGGGAGCAGCAGUGAUACUGCCCCUCUGUUCCAGAUGGCAGGCGAUGGGAAGGAUACAGAUGACAUCAGGAUCCCCAUGCUGUUCUUAUUCAGCAAAGAAGGAAGCAUCAUACUGGAUGCCAUCCGAGAAUAUGAGGAGGUAGAAGUGCUCCUUUCUGAUAAAGCAAAAGAUCGAGAUCCUGAAAUGGAUAACGAAGAACAACCAUCCUCUGAAAAUGAUUCUCAGAAUCAAAGUGCUGAACAAAUUAUAUCAAUUUCUCCAACAGUUGAUUUGGUUGAUCAAGAGACUCCUGAAGAAAGUUCUUUAAACUCUCCCCCAGAGUCAUUAUCUCCAGCAGAUACUGAGGAUGCUGCAGAUGUUUCCCCUCCUGAACAGACUUCAAGUCCCACAGCAAACCAUGAGACUCCAAGUCUUGAUGGUGAAUGUACCGAUCUAGACAACCAACUUGAAGAACAAUCAGAAACUGAGGAAAAUUCUAGUCCUGACGUUAGCUGGGAUAAGAAGGCCCAGCCCAUAGAUUCCAUAUUAGCAGACUGGAAUGAAGAUAUAGAAGCAUUUGAAAUGAUGGAGAAGGAUGAGCUAUGACUCACUAAAAAAUAUGGUGGUAGGUAUUUUAAAAGAACAGGUAAACUGUAGUUAUAGACACCCUAAUACAAAGCAAGCUGUUCAGUGGGAACUUUGAGUAUGAAUGAGCAACCACGUUCUGACUGGGAUAGUAGUUAUAGGAAUCUGGAGCAUGCUGACCCAAACUGACCUUGUUUAAAUUGUCCCAUCAACAGCAGAAACUCACAAUUCCCCCCUCAGAUGACAGCAUUGCAUACCCUGUAUGUCAGGGAAAGAUUUCUGGGCAUUCCUGGGAGCCAUAUUUCUACAGUCUCUGAAUAGACAAGAAACAAACUCAGUUCUGAGUGAAUUGGGGCAUAGGAGUUUAUUUAGCUUUCUAAUUAAAGGGUUUGGGGUUGGAGUCCCUUUGGGGAAGACACAAGUGAGUAUCAUGCAUUCUGUUAUGCUGCCUUUACAAAACACUCUUAAGUGACCUAAGUGGUUGUGAAGCAGAUUGCAUUGUGGUAGAACCAGUUUCCACUCAUCACUUUCCACUGGCUUCAUAGAGGACAAAUGUUCAGGAUAACUUGAGUUUUUUCCUCUCCUAACGCUGUCCUUUUCAUUUAAACCAAAGGUAAAGCCAGUGUGCUUUCCUAGAGAGUUUCUCCAUAGACUAAUCACUGGGACCAGGAUAAAAAGUCACAUAAUAGACUGUGGAAAUUUGUUACUUCAUAUUUUUGAUAAAUGGAGCAAGGGAGAAACUAUAAUGUUGCAAUACAGAUUUCUCAUUGGGCCUUCCAUAGGGAAAGCCAUGACAACUCUGAAAUGGAACUUAGCAUAAUAUCCUUGUGGGGUAGUUAGAAAUACUUAGCAGUUCAGUUCUCCAAGGGAUUACCUUAGCCAUUGAUUGGCCCUACUCCAUCUCAUGAUAGGUAUGUAGGAUACCUAAUGGCUGUCCUCUAGAACCACGAUGAAACUGUGGAAGUGAUCUAAAAUUCCUGGGUGGCUACUGCUUUCUCCUUUGAAACUGGUUUCUGAUGUUUCCGCCUAGGAAGUCUUUUGCAUUUUCUGUUGAAUCAUAGUUUUUAGGUUUUGUUUUAACUAAUAUUCCUUCUGAUAUGGACUUGAAAAUGAAUCUCUGGAGUCCUGUGUGAAACUAUUACACAGCAGCAACUAUAUACAGCCAUACAGCUUAAGGAAAAAAAUUACUGUUUUUUUUCUUUCUUUUCUCUUUUUCUUUUCUUUUUUCUUCUUUUUUUCUCUUUUUUUUUGAUGGCAGUCUGGUGCUGGCUACAUUUAAAUUUUUAAAAAAAUUGCUGGUUAUAUUGGUAGACAGCCCUGUAUUGCAAUCAUGGCUUUACCCAUUUUAUUUAUUUUUAAAAAUUUGAUCAGUUCUAAACAAAUAUCUGACAGGCUUAAUUCCUUUCUUUUUACCAUGACAUUACACGAUAACCUUUUCCUAAAACAUGGUUUUGAGGUACUGAAUAACUUACAUAUGGAGCUGUUCAAGAACAGCAAUGCUGUAUUGUAGUUAUGUAAAUUUGUGUACAGUGUAUUAGAUCCCAGGUAAACAUAUUCUCUUAUAAGGAGCUAAAUACCUGCUUUCAAAGAUUCCAGCUAAACAUAAUUGGAUCAGCAAGAAUAAGUCUUAUGAAUAAUUCACUUGGGGGGGAGGGUGGAAGAGUAGAAUAGCAAGACCUUUAUUGACUCUUUAACUAAUCUUGACACCAAAAUGAGUAACUUUAGUCUCUCUGCAUGUAAAAUUUGGUGUGCGAAGAUAGAACUAUAAUACAUACAGUAUACAGAAGGAUAUACAUAGUGCUUUGUUCAUCUUAACUGCAAAGCUGCCAAAAUAGCUGAAGCUUAAUUACUUCACUUGAUUUAUAGGACUGGGGCUUGGAGAAAAGGAGCAGAUGUUCCUCUAAGACUUUGAUUACAGAAGCCUUAUAUACAGUGAUUUGAUUUUUCAUUUGUAGCUCAAAGCCAUUUUGUCCAAUCUUAACUCCUCUGAGUUUUCAGAAAGGCCUUUUCCCCUCAGUAAGAGCUUGAGAAAUGAGGGAGGCUGCAACCCACUAGGAAGAGCCAGCUUCCUGCCACUCUCCCUUCCUUUGGCCUUUAGGGGGCAUUGUUGCUCUUCACUGAGAUUUAGAUGCAAUUUGUUUAAAUAAAUCCUUUUAUGAAAAAAGAAAAGGAAAGGAAGAAAAAAGAAAAUUUCCAGUUAUACUUACUACUCAGAAGGAAUGAUCUCAAUUUUUCCAGUUUAAAAAAAUAUAUGUUGUUUCAAAACACUAAUACUAUUAUUGACUUUGCAAUCAUUUAUUUAUUUGUCAUACUGCCACAGUAGUUGAGUUCAUUUAAAAAUUCCAGUUGUAUUAGACUUUUAAAAAUGUUUUGUUUGUUACAUAUCUUUCAUAGCUAUAUUAUUUACUUGCAGAAGAUUCAGGGGGUUCCUGAAUUUAGAAACAUCUGGUCUACCUCAGUUAAAUGUUGACUGCUUUGAAAUAUAGCUGAAAUGAUCACCACAGCCAUAAAAUUGUUUAGCUAGGAGAGAUUUAUAUAAUGUUUACAAACCUGGAAUCAAGUAAGGAUUUUACCUGGAAGUUAAAAGUUAGAUAUUCUUAGAACAAGUAUUUAAUUCGGGUAUUUUCAACUUUUAAAACUUGUUUACCUAAUAAGAAUAGCUAUAGUUUUUUUUGCAUGAAAAGUCCAUUGAAAUAUAAUUUUCAAUGAUUUCCCAUCAAGUUUAAGCAUGAAAGAAUUGUAAUUUACUAGAUACGUUUGGGAUGGGAUUUUUUUUUGGUGGUAGGUUUUCUUUUUUUUUUUUUUUUCUUUUUAAACUGUAACUAGCUCCCAAAAAGAAUAUAAUUGUUUCAGAACAAAAUUUUUUUGAAAUUUCACUUUUCCUUUUUUCUACAGUAUUAGAAAUUUUAAAAUGAAAAAUUGUGCACUUUCUGAUUUUAAUUUCUCAAGAAUAUUUUAUUUUCAAUACAACCCAUUUAUAGCAAAGCCAGCAUUUGUUCUCUCAACAAACCCCAUGCCAAAUUUAUCAUAAAGAAAGCUCAGCAUAAGUAAUUCAAAUAGUGCUUAUAAUUUUAGAGGGGUUGGGUAGAACUUAGUAAAUAUUCCAACCGGUCGUUUUAUGCACAAGGCUUCAGUCAGAACAUAGAAAAAAAAACAUUCUGUGAAUGAAACAUUGUAUGUUCAGAUUUUAUAAAAGACAUUUUUAAAAGCCCAAUUUACAGCCGUAUAUUUUCUUAUGAUGUAAUUUAUGAAAAAGAUGUCUGUACUAACAGGUGCUGUAACACUACUGUUGUUGGGUUUUAUCGUUUGGUGAUAAAUGUAUACAAUAUUUCUAAUGGAAACUAUGUACUGUGAUGUAAAAGUCUGGGCAAAAUGUAUAUAAAUCCUUGUAUAUAAUUGUGUAUUUGAUUAUAAUUACUGAUUGUAAAGAUUUAAUAAAACAUGUAAAUAUUG